AUGGAGACGACGUCCUCCGAGCACGACCUGAGCCCGCAGACCAAGUACUGCAUCGAUAUCGACCUCACUCUCACGCCCAUGGAGCGCAGUGAGCUCAGCACUUCCAAUUCUCCCAGCAAAUUCUUCUGCCGAUUCGAUCCUGUUGCCAGGAAGGGAAGGCUGCUGAUGCUGCUGUUCGACCGCCAAGGUAACUCGACGCUCCAAGAGAUGAGUCGGAUGGACGUGCUACGAAUGACACAGGAAGCGGCAAGGCUUCAAGACGAGUCACCUGCCAAGGUAUCGUCCUUUCGGCAGCCAGGGAAGACGAGCUGUGACGUCCAGCGCGUUCAUACGCGAGAUAUUCGCAGGAUGGAGAACACGUUCUCGGUAUCCAACGAGCCGUCGAUCAUCAUUCGCAAGCAAGCGAUCUUCUUCAGCGCUGAUCCGCUGCGAGCUAUUGUGCUCCGAGACGCUUGCUUGGUCUACGUGCCGGAUGGAGCCGAUAGCUUGAUCUCCAUGCUCAAGCAGGACUUCCUCACCAACGCGCGAGACAAUGCCGAAUCCCCAUUCGAGUUCAGAGCGUUGGAGGCAUUGCUAUCAACACUUGCGCGCUACUUCCGAGCCCAAUACGACCAGCUUUCGUCAGUUAUCGUUGCUGAUCUUGAGCACCUCGUUCAAGGAAAUUUAGACUCGCGAGAGCUUGAAAGACUGCGUGAAUUCAAGAACACCAUGAACGAGUUCGAAUCGCAAGUGGACGGCGUACGCCGCGUUCUCAUGGAGUUGCUUGACAACGAGGAGGAUCUCCGGCUUUUGUACCUCACGAAACUUUCCGAAGAGCCGGAUCUCCUCGCUGAUCUGUGGAGCUUCGACUCGGAGGAAGCUGAAGUGCUGAUUGAGAACUACUUGCAGGACAUUUUCUCCACUCGAACGACGGCUGAGCUGCUACAGCACCGAAUCGCUAACACGGAAAGCCUCGUGACGCUGAAGCUCGACUCGAAGCGAAACUAUUUGCUGCGCGUGCAGCUCAUCUUCUCGCUCGUGUCGAUCAACAUUUCCGUCGGAACGCUGGUCUCUGGUGUGUUCGGCAUGAAUCUGGUUUCGGGUCUGGCAGACAAAGCAGGCUGGUUCGCAGGUGUUGUCAUCUUCACCAUAGUCUUCUUCAUCGGUGCCACUUGGGCUGGAAUAGUAUUCUUCAAGCGAAAGGGGGUCAUGCUAAAGUAA